AUGGAGAGGGGGGUCAUGUUUUGUCCAAAGGGGCUCAGUGUGCUUUGGUUUGUCCUUUUCAUAAUAGCGUCUUUCUUUCUGGCGUCCGAGGCAGAGAUAACUUGCAGGUCAUGCCAGCCUGGAAAUAAAAGGCGCGCACGGGAAUUAACGCUGAAGAUGCACCAUGCGGGAUUCGCAACUGGUUUCGUAGGGGAAGUUUUCCCCAAUGGAGACGGGGCAACGGGAUUCAGUGCUGCAGAAUGCCGGCGGCUCGGCUGCGCAGCGGGGUCAGCUGAAUGUGACCAGAACCAGAAGUCCAGACCAACACGGAGUAUCGGCAGGUUAAGUUUAACGGAGGGAAGGUCGGCCGGUGAGAGGGAGUUUUCCCACAAUGAAAUGAAAGUUGCCCUCGACGACACCAGGGGCCAGCCGAGGACGGGUGCGUGGACAGCUCGUUCGAGUCCAGCGUCAACAGUCCAAUACAAAACCAGAACACGACGGAACAACCCGGGUUCUUCAUCUUCGGGGAGUGAUGAAGUCCACUCGCGCAGCUCAGACCGGAGCCGACCACCGGCGCAGGGCCGCAGCGGCCGCCGCAGAGCGCCGCGCUCCGAGCUGCGCUGGAUCGGCGCGGAGCGGAGGACCGCCGCUUCCAGGCAGGAGGAGAUCAAACUCACCAGCUCCACCUUCGCCUUGACUGGGGACUCGUCUCACAACCAGGCGAUGGUGCACUGGUCCGGCCAGAACAGCAGCGUUAUUCUGAUGCUGACCAAGUUAUUUGACUUCAACCUCAACAGCGUCACUGAGAGUUCAUUGUGGAGGUCAACUGACUACGGAGCCACUUACCAGAAGCUGAACGAUAAAGUCGGAGUGAAGACGAUACUGAGUUAUUUGUAUGUCAGCCCCAACAACAAGAGGAAGAUCAUGCUGCUAACUGAUCCGGAGGUGGAGAGCAGUCUGCUGAUCAGCUCGGACGAGGGAGCCACCUACCAGAAGUACCGGCUGAACUUCUACAUCCUGAGCUUGCUUUUCCACCCGGAGCAGGAGGACUGGAUCCUGGCCUACAGCCAUGACCAGAAGCUGUACAGCUCCGUGGAGUUUGGGAGGAGAUGGCAACUUGUCCACGAGAGAGUGGCUCCAAAUCGGUUCUACUGGUCCAAAAUGGGUUUGGACAAAGAGCCCGGCUUGAUUCACCUGGAGACCAGCAUCUCGGACACACAGGCGCUGUAUGUCACCUGCAAACUGCAGAACUGCACCGACGCCAACAAGGGCAAGCCCUUCCCAGGCUACAUUGACCCCAAUUCCCUGGUGGUGCAAGACGAGUAUGUGUUUGUCCAGGUGUCAACCAGUGGGCGACCGAUCUAUUAUGUGUCGGCCAAAAGAGACAUCUUCACGCCCAUGAAGCUGCCCAAGUACACCCUGCCCAAGGACCUGCACGUGAUCAGUACCGAUGAGAACCGUGUGGUGGCGGCUGUGCAGGAGUGGAACCAGAAUGAAACCUACAACCUGUACGUGUCGGACACGGCGGGAGUCUACUACACCCUGGCCCUGGAGAACGUAGUCAGCAGUAUGGGUCCAGAGGGCAAUGUCAUGGUUGACCUUUACGAGGUGGCAGGGAUAAAAGGGAUGUUCCUCGCCAACAAAAAGACUGAGAAUCAGGUUAAGACCUACAUCACCUACAACAGAGGGAGGAACUGGAGGUUGCUGCAAGCCCCAAGCACAGACUUGAGGGGUGUCAACAUCCACUGCAUGCUGCCGUACUGCUCAUUACACCUUCAUCUCCACGUGUCAGCCAACCCUUACACAUCUGGUAACAUAGCCAGCAGAGACUCGGCUCCUGGGAUUAUUGUGGCAUCGGGCUCCAUUGGUUCAGAGUUAGCCACACACAACGUGAGUGUGUUCAUAACCUCAGACGCGGGUAAUACAUGGAGGCAGAUAUUUGAUGAGGAGUAUGCCGUGUUGUACCUGGACCAGGGAGGGGCUCUGGUGGGGAUAAGACACACUCCGCUUCCCAUCCGGCACCUCUGGUUGAGCUUCGACGAAGGUCAGCAGUGGAACAAAUACAGCUUCACCAGCUCGCCUCUAUUUGUGGACGGGGUGCUCGGAGAGCCAGGGGAGGAAACGCUUAUCAUGACGAUAUUUGGCCAUGUCAGUCAUCGUUCCGAGUGGCAGCUGGUCAAGAUAGAUUUCAGGUCCAUUUUCAACAGAAGGUGUACGGAGGCAGACUACCAGACAUGGCACCUACACAACCAGGGUGAGCCGUGUCUGAUGGGAGUGAAGAGAAUCUACCGCAAGCUGAAGCCCACCGCCAGGUGUGUGAUGGGCAAAACCUUCUCCGUCUCCAUGACGUCCAGCCCCUGCGACUGCACCCAGGCCGACUUUGAAUGUGAUUAUGGCUAUGAGAGGAGAACAGACGGACAAUGCAGCCCUGCCUUCUGGUUCCAUCCUACAUCCCUGUCCAGGGGCUGCACCACAGGAGCUACCUUUCUCAACAGCACUGGCUACAGGAAGGUGGUGUCUAAUAACUGCACGGCCGGAGUCAUGGUGGAGUACAUGGCUCGGAGGCAGCAGUGUCCGGUCCAGGCACCUAAAGGUCUCCAUCUGGUCACCAGCGAGGGUUCACUGACGGCCAUGCUGGGGACCAACGUCACCUUCCUUGUCUUUCUCGAGGAGGGGGACGGGACCAGGACAAGUGUCACGCUGGACUUCGGCGAUGGUCACACGCUCACCUACUCCAACGUGAGCUCUAUCGAGGAGGGGAUCAAGCACGUCUACAGGGCCGUGGGGAUCUACCGGGUGACCGCCACCGGGGAGAACAGCCUGGGCUCCGAGCGCACCGUGCUCUACCUGCAUGUCACAUGUCAGCUGGAGUACAUCCAUCUCUCGGCUCCCUUUGUGGCCGUGAGGAACAAGGAAGUGAACCUCACCGCCGUCCUGUGGCCCAGCCAGGUGGGAACAGUCACCUAUGUCUGGUGGAUCGGAAAUAACACCGAGCCGGUGAUCACGCUGGAGGGAAGCGUGGCGUGCUCGUUCUCCCGGGAAGGCAUCAAUACCGUCACUGUGCAGGUGUCUGCAGGCAACACUGUUCUGCAGGACAGGAAAAACAUCGCUGUCCAUGAAUAUUUCAGAUCUCAUCUGCUCACCUUUUCAUCUAAUCUGGAUGACCACAACCCCGACGUGGCAGAAUGGAGGCUGGACGUCAGCCGGGUCAUCAAGAACUCUCUGAUCCAGGCUACAGGAGUGAGAGAAGAUCAGCUUUUAGUCACCGUCCUCCCAGGGCUGCCCACAGCAGCAGAAUUUUUCCUUCUGCCUGACAAAUUCUUAACGGAGGGAAAAGCAGAGAAGAGUGCUGCUCAUUUGAAUCAGCUCUCCGAGGUUUUACUCAGUGCCUUGAAUCAGAACCUUGUCCAGUUUACCUUACGACCUGGGGUCCAAGUCACAGUGUAUGCGGCCCACCUAUCAGCAGCGCCCCUAGUGGACACCAAUGAGAACCACAGUGGCUCCGCCAUGCUAAUGCUGCUGUCAGUAGUGGUUGUGGGUUUAGCUGUGUUUGUCAUCUACAAAUUCAAAAGGAAGAUCCCAGGCCUCAACGUCUAUGCGCAAAUGCAGAACGAAAAAGAACAAGAAAUGAUAAGUCCAACACAUCCAACGGAGAGAACGCCCAGCGCCCAACGGGACCAGGUGACUUCUCUGGAGGUUCUGGACACAGAGUCCAACACAUGGCCCAUUGGAUGUGUGAAACCUCAUGCACAUGUCAAAUUCUCAACGGAACUUCCCACAUACAUCAACGUCUGA